AUGAGUCAGGACACGAAAAAGGAUGCGGAGGUCCUCCCGACUUCGUCAGACGCUGUUAUCAGUGAGACAUCGAAGACCAUAGACGAUGGCGCUUUAGACGAGGCGGCAAAGUAUCUCGCGAACCAUGAAGAGUUCGGCCCAAUGACUCCUGAGCAGGAGAAAAAGAUUGUCAAAAAGAUUGACUCUUGGAUGAUUCCAUUGCUAGUAUUCUGCGCGACUCUCGCGGCUGUCGACAAAGUUCAAAUAGGAACCGCAUCUUUAUAUGGGUUCCAGACCGACAAUGGGAUGGUUGGCCAAGAAUAUUCCUGGCUCGGAUCUAUCCUACCCUUAGGAACCUUGAUCGGACUCAUCCCAGCGUCAUGGUUGAUUCAGCGAUUUCCUCCCGGAAAGCUUCUAGCAACUGGAUCACUUUUAUGGUCGAUUUGCACCUUGUGCUAUGCGCCAACUCGAACCUGGGCUGGCUUCAUGGGCUUGCGGUUUCUGCUAGGGUUCCUAGAAGCAGUCUCUGUCCCCUGCUUUACAGUCCUAGUCGCGUCUUUCUACAAGAAAGAGGAGCAGCCUCCUAGAAACGGCAUCAUUUUCGCCUACUUCUCAUCAAUCUUCAAUGGCUUCUUCGCUUGGAUUAUCGGCUAUAUCCCCAGUUCCGCCCCGCUAUUCAAAUGGCAAUACCUGUAUCUUUUAACAGGGUCCAUCAAUGUGCUAUAUUCGCUUUUCUUAUGGUUCGUCCUUCCGGACUCUCCCAUGAACGCCUUUUUCUUCACUCCAGAGCAAAGGUAUCAUGCGACUCGAAGGUUGGCCGGCAACCGAACUGGUAUUGCUAAUAAGGUAUGGAAGUGGGAUCAGGUUUUUGAGGCCUUAUUAGACGUCAGGGUCUGGCUUAUUGUUUUGUUCAACGUUGUCAUCAAUAUCCCCAAUGGCGGUCUUCAGGCUUUCGGAUCAAUCAUCAUCAACAACCUCGGUUACACCCCCUUGGUGUCUAGUCUGCUAACAAUGCCUUUUGGUGUACUGGCUACGGGCGGCGCUUGGGCCUUCUCAUACAUCGCGGCAAAAUGGCAUAACCGGAGAGCUUUGACUGCAUCCAUUGCAUUGCUGCUUCCCAUUCUUGGAACUGCGUUGGUAUAUGGUUUGCCGCGGACGAAUGUCGCUGGCCAGAUGGUUGGUCUAUACUUUAUGUACUUCUAUUGGCCCCCAUAUGUUGUUGGCAUAUCCCUUAUUCAAGCAAACACCGCUGGUAUGACUAAGAAAGCCGUCACGUACUGUCUCGUCACCAUCGGGUACGCAGCAGGAAAUCUCAUUGGACCACAGACAUUUAGGAGCAAGGAAGCACCCAAGUAUACCACAAGCGUCAUAGCAAUGCUAGUUAGUUACUGCGCAUGUAUGUUGAUCUUGAUGGUAUACUGGCUGGUUGGCACCCGGGAAAACAAACGUCGGGAUCGGAAAUAUGGCAAGCCAGACGGAGUGCAUGAAGGUACCAUCGAAGCCUUUGUCGAUAUUACAGACAAGAUGCAGCCCGCCUUCCGCUACACUACUUGA